AUGGUCAAAUCUGUGUGGCCCAAUGUACGUGGAGUGAGGUUUUUGGGAAACAGUUCUACAAGACCGUCGCUGGUCGCUCCAAGUGUGGUUUCCACGGUGCCAUUGCAGGCAGGAAAGAUCAACCAUUGUGCCGAACAGGCACAGCUUAGAAGAUGGCUGCCGGUUCGGUGUGGUGCUCUCUGUAAGAAGGAGGGCAUGAUGCCGUUUUUUGACGAGACUACCGGCAAGAGAGUCGCUGCUACUGUGCUCUCUUUGAACAACGUUGAAGUGAUGAUGCACCGUACAGUUGAGAAAAACGGGUACACGGCGUGCCAGGUGGGAUACGGGCUCAAACAUCCGUCCAAGGUCAGCAGACAGCUGCUGGGGCAUUUUGCGUCGAAAUUUGUGAACCCGAAGGAGAAGGUUGCAGAGUUCCGGGUCAAGAACGAGUCUGGGUUACUUCCGUUGGGUACGCUGAUAAAGCCGUCGUUCUUCAAAAGCGGACAGUUUGUUGACUUGAGAUCGAUUAGCAAGGGCAAGGGAUUUGCCGGUGUGAUGAAGCGACACAACUUCAAGGGAUUGAAGGCAUCGCAUGGUGUCUCUAUAAUGCAUAGACACGGUGGUUCGUACGGUCAGAACCAGGACCCGGGGCGUAUUCUGCCGGGCAAGAAGAUGCCGGGCCACAUGGGCAGCCAGCAGGUCACCAUACAGAACGUUCAAGUACUCAAAGUGGACGAUGCGAAGGGAGUCGUGUUGGUGAAAGGAUCAGUUGCCGGUCCUAAGGGUGCUUUUGUCAAGAUCCAAGAUGCUAUCAAGAAGCCUCCUACUGAGCUUUGA